AUGACCUCAAUAAAACACCUAGUACUGCUGUUACUCGCAGUAUGGUCAGUAAAUUCCGUCAAACGAGAUGUUGAAGAUGUAGAUUUGGAUCUUCUGGGAGGAAGUGCAAAGUCUGGCAUUCGUUUCCGAGUGAAUCCAUCUGGCUUCAAAUACGCAAAUGAGCUAUUGGCUCCUUUAUUGAGUCAACAGAUCAGAAACAUCAGGAUCCCAAAGGUUGAGCAAUGCAUUGAGGAGGUGAGGUUAUGGUUAAUAUCUUUUUGUUACCUAUUUGUUAUAUGUUGAAGAUUUAUAAGGCAUAAAACCCUUUCAUUGAGUAAAAAACUGUGUUCAUAUAGAUGGUAAAAUAGCUUGUGAAAUGAGUAGUUAUUCUAGUGUUUUAAGUGAUUUGAAGCUAAACAUAUUGUAGUUGUUUUUGAAGUUUAAAAUAAGGUGGUCUAUAUUGUUGAUUUUUAGGUGGAUGGAUGUAUAAAGGUUGAGAAGAUUUUGGUAUCACGUUAUGAAUGUCCAGAUGUGAUCAACUUGAGGCCACAAAGCCCAAAUGAAGUGAUUCUGGAGAUAAAGAACUUAAAUUUGGGGUAAGUAUUAUAUAUAAUGGUUAUUUCUCUUUAGUUUUUGUAGUAUUUAAUACCGUUUUGUAAAUAUAUAAAUGACACUGAGUUAAAUCUUAACAUUUUGAUCUAUAUUUGUGUAUUUCAGACUUACAGGCGACUUGGCAGGCUCUGUGAACACCAGUGGAACCCCCAUCCCAGUUGUUGGUCAAGCUAACUGUAAUGCUCAUGGGGUACGUAUGAAAGAGGGUUAGGUUUUAUACUAAAACGUUUAUGAAUGGUACGAAGAUGGUUAUUUGAAUAUAGUAAAAGAACGAAUGUAAAAAUUGUAAAAUAGGGUUAGAUUUUACAAAAUGUUCUAUCAGAACAUAACUCUAUGUUUAGAUCGCCAUUCUUGUUGGCCUAACCUUGACCAGGAGUAACAAGAAAGAGCACAUGUUGAAGAUCACUCAAUGUCACGCUUCAGUCGAGUCUGUAGAUGUCUUCGUAGAGAACGGUGGUCUUCUAGGUGACACAGCCAACAAAGAAGAAUUCAAAUCUAAGAUUUCAUCUCAACUAAAGACCUUGGCUCCGAAGAAGUUGUGUGAUUUGUUGCCACAACUGAUUGACAAAGACAUUAACAAGAACCUAAGACAACUGCCUAGCUCUGUCAGCAUUUCCGAGAUUAUCAAGAUGUUCAAGGAUAUUGUCUUACCUUUGUUGAGAUCCAAAUUGGAAUGCCCUGAAUCUUGCGCCGCUGGAAAGACGAAGAGAGACGCGGAGGAGGAAAAGAAGUGCGAGGAAUGUGGGAAGAUCAGCGAGACAGUCGAGAUGGCCAAGAGCAUUGGCAAGUCAUUGGACUUGGUAAGGGCUUUGGAGGGUUGAAUAUAGAUAUAAAGAACAGCAUUGAUGAUAUUUUGCUAGGGAAUGGUUUUUUGGUACCUAAAAACUGUAAAAAUUGAUAAAGAGAUCAUCAGAAACCUUACUUUUUCAGAAAAAGCUCAACGAUAUCAACUUUGAUUACUCAAUCGUCUACACCCGGGCCUCAUCUCAAGAUCUGAACAUCAAUCUGAAGGGUGAAUUUUCUCCUCCAGAUAGAGUGACACCCUUCAGACCAUUUGCCACCAAAUUUCCGGCUGCUUUGGCUCCAGUGAAAAGAAGAAUGGCCGAGACCAUCUUGACUGACUUCACCUUGAACUCGUUGUUCUAUUGGCUUCAUACUGUCAAGUUCUUGAACAUCACACUUGACAGCUCUACUCCAACUGUCGGAGAGAUACUGAAGACGACUUGUGGAGAAGAUGAUGACAACAGCGAGUUUCCUAGUGUUGAGGUGGGGUUUGAUGUUGUUGUAAAGGGUUUUGAUGGUUUCUAAAGUGUUUUUAAAUGGGUUUGGAUAUUUUUUUGAGUUUCCUAUAUUGUUUAAGGGGUUAUGGUAUUAUUUUAGGUGUUUUUUGAUAUUGUUUUGGUUUUUUAGUAGCUUCAAGGGUUUAAACACGUAAUUUUGCUUAAAACCAUUUGAAUUUUGAUCAAAAAUUGUGCUUUUAUAUAUUUUUCGAUUUAGAAAAUGUUAAAGUUUCUAAAAUAUGGACAUUUAUAUUGCACAAAGCUAAAACCUUGACCUAAACAUUGUUUUAGGUUGAUGAAGAAGUGCCAGUGAUCUUCAGAGUCCGCCGAUCUCUAGACACUCUCGAACGCUUCACAAGAGACGCUGAUGAAAAAGAAAGCAAGAGUGGAGGUGGUCUGGCUGACUUGGGCAUCUGUGUAGGAGAUAUUCUGCCAGCUAUCAGAGAGAAGCAUCCAAAUGAGAAUCUGACGAUUACCGUGCAUUCUACUAAAGCUCCAGCUGUUAUAUUCAGCGAAAAAGAUGGUGGAGCUGCGAUUGGGAGGUUGAAUGCUGAAGCUACGGUGUUUAUUUCUACUGGCGAAAAGGUUGGCACUAUUGCUAUUGAUUUUGAGGUUGAGGUCAAUGUUGUCACUAAUGGUAAGGACGAUAUUAUUGAUGUUUUUGGGCUAAUUUAGUGUUGAAGCUGAAGAUUUUUAAGGUUUUGUUAAAUUAAGACGUGGUCCAUGAGGUUUUAAUAGACAAUAUGCAAGCUGUUUUAAAUUAUUUUAUAUGUUUUUAAAAGUUUUAGUGUUUUUUAUUGUAAAAACUGACGAAAUCUUAUGUUUCAUGAUAUUACACUUGGUAUGAAGUAUGAUUUUUGAUUUAAUGUUUGUGUUUUUAGAUGGUAAUUUGACUGGAGGCGCGAAUGUAACACGAUUAUUGCUCAAGGACGUUGAUCAAACGUUGGGCUUGCCUCAAGAUGCGUUAGACUCACUGUCGCAGCUGGCUAUUGACUUCAGUAACAAGGUGGGUAUUGUAAUGUCAAAUGUUUAAAAAAUUCAAUUUUUUAUUAAAAUUUUGGUUUUGAAAAAAAGGAAGUUUGGGUUCUUAUUUAAGGUAGGGUAGGGCAAAAAAAUAUUUUUGAUAGGGGUAGAUUUUGAAAAUUUUUACUUUUAGAAAUUUUAUUUUUAAAAAUAAUUCAUGUUUUGAAAAUUGAGCUAAUAAAGUCAAAUUUUUAAGGGUAUGAACGAUGCUCUGUCUAAAGGAGUCAGUGUUCACUUGCCAGCCGCAGUAACCGGCCUACCAGUAUCAUUGUUGAAACCCGACAUUACCUUCAUCGAUCACGGUCUUCACAUCUCUGGCGAUGUCGAGAUUGACGCCAAAACUUUGGGCGAAAUUGUUGGCAAAAAAGGAAUCAAAGCUGACAAAUGUGGAGUAACAAGCAACUAG